UGUUGAUUAACUCGGAGAACAGAGAGAGUUUGACCGCGGUCUGAAGUCUCCGUUUCAGCUGAUGAUGCGUGAUAGACUGUGAUGAAGAGGACCUGAAGGAGAACUGUGACUGACAUUAAUGCAGCCUGGAAUCAUAACUCAGUGUUUGGGACAGAAGCUCAUGAUGACGGAGAGCGUGCGGCGCCUGGUGUCCAAAGAUGGCCACAGUAACGUGAAGAUCGAUAACGUGGAGGGAAUGAUCAAGCUGUUCCUGCACGACAUCUGGACCACGGUGGUGGACAUCAAGUGGCGUUACAAGAUCACUCUGUUCGCCUCCACCUUCAUCAUGACGUGGUUCGUGUUCGGCGUGGUGUUCUACCUCAUCGGCCUGAGCCACGGCGACUUCGACUCGGACCCGUCAUCCAAUCACACGCCGUGCGUGAUGAACGUGGACUCGCUAACCGGCGCGUACCUGUUCUCCCUGGAGACCCAGAGCACCAUCGGCUACGGCUUCCGCCACGUGUCCGAGGAAUGUCCUCUCGCGAUCCUGACGCUAGUGCUACAGCUGGUGCUAACAGGGCUAGCCGAGAUCUUCGUCACCGGAGCGUUUCUUGCUAAGCUAGCGCGACCGAAGAAGCGCGCGGGCAGCAUCCGUUUCAGUCGCGUGGCGGUGGUGUGUGUGCGCGACGGGAGGCUACGACUCAUGGUACGCGUUGCUAACCUAAGGAACAGCCUGUUGAUACAGUGCCAGCUCUCGGGGAAACUUCUAUCGAAUCGCGUCACGCAAGAGGGAGAGAAGAUCCUCCUUCAUCAGGAGAGCGUCGACUUCCAGCUGGACUCGUGCGGAGAGUGUCCGUUCCUCCUGCUACCGCUAACCUUCUCGCACGUGCUGGACGAGAGAAGCCCGCUAGCGAACCUCACGGCGGACGAGCUCCCGAGACGAGAGUUCGAGCUGCUCGUGACCCUGAACGGGACCGUCGAGUCCACGGCCUCCUCGUGCCAGAGCCGAACCUCAUACACGCCUCAGGAGAUCCUGUGGGCUCACGAGUUUGCGCCGGUGCUGUCCCACACGCGCGCGGGCAAACUCACCGCGGAUUUCAGCGUCUUCGACAGGGUGAGGCUGUGCAGCGACCCGCCGACGAGCCCCUGCGCCGCGGAGAAGCUCCAGCUGGAGGAGGAGUACAGACGGGAACGAGGAGGAACAUCUGAGUGACGCAACACCACCCAAACACUCGCUUCACUUGUUGAUAAAAGUCAAUCGGGAAUGAUUUAUCAGCAACUUUAUUUAAAGAGUGAUUUAUUCCUGUGAUCAAAGCUGCAUUUAUUUAAUUAAAAAUACAGUAAGAAUUGCACAUGAAUGUGUGAGUGAAUGUUUCUUGAGCAUCAGAUCCUCAUAUUAGAGUGAUUUCUGAAGGAUCAUGUGACAGUAAUGAUGCUGAUGCAGAUGAUUGUCUUAUUUAAUCAGAAUAUAAUGUCUUACUUCAUUUAUCCUCCACCUUCACACAGAGAAACUUUCACCAUCAAAUGUAACCACAAUUGUCUGUGUUCCUGUGUUUAAUUAAUCCAUUUCGGAACUUCUGCAAUUGCUUUAGCAAAAAUAUUUGAUUCAUGUUUCUCCUUGUAUAAAUGUGUGACUUAUAUUUGUUUUAAACUCAACAAACUCUA